AUGCUUCUUCCUACAUUCAUUCGGGGUAUCCCUGACCGCGUCUAUGCAAGACUUGCUGAAGACGAAUACGGCAGUCGUCAGCACCAUACGCAACUGUUGUAUACCCUUGUUGUGGAGCAUCGAACCGAAGUCUGGAGUAUGCUGAUGGCCAAGGUAUCGGACAUGUCCGCGAAAUUUCGUAACGUUCUACCGUAUUUUCAGAACAAAUUCGAACAUCACCUUGUUGCCGCUGCAGCUGCCGUUGAUAUUGUCAAAGCUAUUAUCAAACUCUUCGAGAAGGACCGAUACAAGUAUCCUAUGGCAAAGUUCGAGAGAGUUUACGAUGAAUACGGCGGCUCGUCGUUUAGUUCCACAACAAUCUCCCAAUGGAUUCCGUCAGCCUUCGCAAUUUACACCAUGGGCACCUAUAGGGAUUACCCACUCAAAUCAGCCGUGAAAUAUGGUAGCUUCAAGCUGGUGAAGAUGCUUCUUGACACGGGCGCCAGUCCUGGCGGAUAUUGCCCACGGGAGAACAGUAAUGGUCCACUAUGGGCAGCAGUGCAAGAGAACAAACCAGUUGUGUUACAACUCCUGCCUCGGUAUGGUGCUGAUCCCACAUAUGCGGUAAAUUAUCACGAAAAUCCGCGAAAAAAAACUAUUGGGAUGUACGGCCUGGGUUGA